ACGACACGACCUUGACGUGAACUUCGAACUUGUUUCAUUAUCAUUUUGAUGAUAACGUUUUGCGAUUAUCAUUUUAAAUUUUUUAUUGUUCAGAUAACGUCCGCCUGUGAACAUAACACGAUUUUUGAUAAAUAUCUUUUUCGAGCAUAAAUUGAUAUAUUAUAUUAUUAUUACCUAUAUAAUAUUAUAUGUAUAUUAUCGAAUAUCGAAUGUCUGUACAACGGUUUGGAACGUAAUACAAAUCAUGUGAAGUGGGCGGAAUAGUAAGUAAUAAUUUGUCGUAAUUUGACACCUAUCGGAGACAACAGCGAUCGUAUUGUUUGCCGCGGGCCCAAAUGUUACGCUUCAUCGCAACGAUAGUAUUUUAAAAUGGACGAUUCGAUAGAGGAUCCGACUACGGCUGGCAGGACUACUUCACAGAGUUUCAAAGUUGUUCUAUUGGGUGAAGGGUGCGUAGGCAAAACGUCACUUGUACUCCGGUAUACCGAAGAUAAAUUUAAUGACAAACAUGUCAGCACUCUACAGGUACCAGAAAUCAAUAGCAUUAUACCAGAUACCUAUACUCAUUUUUUUUUUUUUGUUAUCUUAACAGGCGUCUUUUGUCAAAAAGAAAUUAAACAUCAAUAGACGAAGAGUAAAUUUGGCCAUCUGGGAUACUGCUGGACAAGAAAGGUUUCACGCUUUAGGGCCAAUUUAUUAUCGAAUGUCUAAUGGCGCAAUACUCGUUUAUGAUAUCACCGAUGAAGAUUCUUUUCAAAAAGUAAUUGAAUGUUUUAUAUCAUUUAAUCUUAUAUAUAUAUUGUGUAUAUGUUUUUUAAAUGAGUUGCCGAGAGUGUAUUUAUAAGAACAACUUUUAUCGAUUAUAACAUUUUAAAAUUAAUCCUUAUUUUAGACCAGUAUUAAAAAUAUUAGUUGUGAGGAAGUGUAAGAACUACUAGAUUUUGCGAAAUUUUGUGGGUGACCACUAAACCUUUGUCAUAGAUUUAUUAUCUAUAGACAAAUAUUGGUUGACAUUAGUUUUUCAAUUUUAUUGAAUUGAUGUGAGGUAAAUAAAUCAAAAAAAAAUAAUAUGUAUACGUUUCUUUUAUCAUUGAAGUAAAAUAUUUUUAUAAAAUGGACUAUUUUAUUAUUCAGAUAAUUGUUUUAGUGUUUGUACAAAAUGUAUUAUUAAUAGUUGUGAAAAUAAUUAUCAACCAAUAUGUUAUUAAUUUAAAACAUUUGAUAACUGUUAUUAAACUUAAAUUCUUAAAAAAUAUUUCUAGGUAAAAAAUUGGAUAAAAGAAUUAAAGAAAAUGUUGGGAAGUGAAAUUUGUCUUGUUAUUGCUGGUAAUAAAAUUGAUUUAGAUAAAGAUCGUACAGUUUCAGUUGAAGACGCAGAAAAGUAAUAUUCAUGAUAGAUUCAUCAAUUUUACAAUAUAUAAUUAUUGACUAAUUAGGAACUGUUGAAUUUAGUUAUGCACGUUCAGUUGGUGCUGUACAUUUUCAUACAUCCGCUAAAUUGAAUUCGGGUAUUGAAGAAAUAUUUUUGGGCUUGUGUCGUAUGAUGAUUGAAAAGGCUGAUAAACAGGAAGCUGAUAAUUUGGUUACAUUAAACAGAUCAGGGAGUACAAGGAGAACUAUAAUAGUUGAUGAUGAAGAUGUUCCGCCAUCUCAAUCAUCACGUUGGUGUUGCAGUAGUUAAUUAUUGCUUUUUAAUACUAUUUAAAAUAUUAAGAAUAUUAUUUUAUAAAUAUAUAUAUGUAUAUGUUGUAUGAGAAACAGUCCUGUAUGUGAUAUUUUUAAGUUGUUGAAAAAAAAAUUAUAUUUUUAUAUUAGUUUUCUCGCUUACUAAUGAUUUUUUUUUUUUAAAUUUAACUUGAUAUUUUUUUGCCACUUAAUAGUAAUAAAAUUUAAUUUUCCAUGUGAAACAAGAUAAACAUGUUUAUAGCUUGUUUCAUCAAGGAUCGUUAAAUCUUAUUUGAAAUACUGUUUAUUAAUUACCCGUUAAACAUAACGAAUAAUCUAAUAAUUUGUUAAAACAUUAAUGUUUUAUCAUAGAAUAAAUUAAAUUAAAUCUAUUGUUUUAUUGAUGAAAGUUUCCAAAUAGCAACAUUUUUGGCUGAUGAAUGUGUAUACGUUUCAAAUACGUCUAGCUUCAAUUGUCAACUUGAGUUUGUACGAGCUCAUGUCAAAGAAACCCUGAUACUGGUUCUGGUGGAGAAGAAGCAAAGAAAAAAUUUGAUCUAUCAUUUUUAUGUGGCCUUGUUUUUUUCUCAAAGACAACAUAAUUAUCAAUGUUAUGUUGAACGAGAGCGAAAUCAGAGGAUACACAGGCUGAUAUUGUAGAUCACAUUACCUAGAUUGUUGAAACAGAAAAUGAGACAAUAGUUAAAUGUAAUGAAGAUAAUAAUAAUAAAAGGGAAAGAUAACAUUAUAAGAGAUAAGAAAAAGAAAACAAAUUAACACACUUGGAAGAACAAUUGUACCUACUGAAACAAAUAGCAGUGCUAUGGUUCAAAAUUAACAUGAUGAAACAGAGUUUUUCUGCAAUUUGAUAGUCGAAAUAGUAAAGAAGUUUCCUUGGUAUGGACAAGUUCAGUUUAGGAUGCAAAUUUUGAUGUUGGUUAAAAUGCUGAAUUUAUUAUUUCAGACUAGUCAAAACAGAGUUCAACAAUGAGCUUUUAUUCAGAAAUUAUGUCUUCUCCAGCAACAAGUAGAUAAGAAAAUCUUAGUCUAUGUUCAUGGUCUGAACUCGUUACACUUACAUAUCUUAAUGUAGUUUACUAAACCGAUGCGAGCUGCUAGUUCCGUUGUUAAUUAUAUAUUCUAUGUAUUUAAAUGGGUGCAAAUUAAAAACAUGAAUUAAUUUUUUUAUUAAAAAAAAAAAAAAUGAUUUUUCAAUAAAUAAAUUUGUUGUUACAGUAAUUCCCAAGUAAUUAUUGAAGUAUAUUAAUUUAGGAAAAUUAUACCUAC